AUGAUGCAAAGAAGUUUGUUGGGUUAUAUAAGCCUCGGACGUGAAGUCUGCAUCUGUGGUUCACCGAUAGUCAUUCAGAAAAGAACAAGACGUAAUCAGUUUAAAAUUAAUCCAGCGCAGUUGGAACAAAAGAUGAACAAUUUUAUGACAAGAAAAAAAAAAUUUAAAAAGUUCAACAUGGAUGAAGAAGAAUUCGUCUCUUCUACCAGAUCAUCAUCAAUCACAUGUCCCAAGAAAGCAAAUACAAAGAAGCUAAGUGAAAAUGUCAUCAUUAGAGAAAGGAAUAUCAGUAACCUAUUAAAAACUGAAAUUCAGAAUUUGGUGGAAUCUGGAGAACUGGGCAGUGAGGUUCAAGAACUAAAUUUAACAUUCACCAAAUCAUCUAUGGCAUCUCAGGAUAUUUGUAGAAUCUUAUGGGAACCAGAUAAUUCGGCAAAAGAUGUGGAAAUAUAUGAAACUUUGAAUGGGUUAAGCGGAAGGAUUCGACAUCUUUUGAUAUCAAGUCAUGUUUUCGGUAAUAUACCAAAAAUUCAAUUUUAUAUGGAUUAUGAAUCUCAACGAUUAGCCAUGGCUGACAAAAUUUUAAACGAACAAGAACUGGAUAUCGGACCAGAUGCAGAUCAUGUUGAUUCUAACAUCGAAUCUAAUGAAGAAAUCAAAAACACUACACAAUCUGGAAUAAAUGAUUUAAAUUAUGACAAUUUAUAUAGUAAACUUGUUAAGUUGAAAAAAACUAAUAAAAUCGAUAAAUCUUAG